AUGAACGCUGGAAACAAAAAUGGCUCAACAGAGCCAAUGCUAAACGGUCACGCCUCUAGUCUUGCUCAGGGCCUGAACAACAAUGCAUCAGACGCAACUGCUACUCUUGAACAACAGCCUGCAACCAUUUACAACUAUGGCUCCAUCUUGAACCGUUGUCCGCCUCCAAUUUCCAUUACUACUGCUAGAAAAGAUACCCAGAGUGAUUUCAUGUCUCGUUUCAAACGCGCUAUGGGCUUGUUUGGAAAGUUUGUGGGUCCUGGCUAUCUCGUUGCCAUUGGUUACUUUGACCCUGGAAAUUUUGCUACAGAUCUUCAAGGAGGAAGCCAGUUUGAAUACAAACUAUUAUUUGUCGUCCUCUUGUCGAACUUGAUGGCCGUCUUGCUUCAAUCAUUGUGCAUAAAAUUGGGUGUAGUCACGGGCAAAGAUCUGGCAAGCUCUUGUAGAGCGUAUCUCAACCCUUAUGUCAAUAUCGCAUUCUAUCUUCUGUGUGAAUUGGCUAUUGUCGCUUGUGAUCUUGCUGAGGUUAUUGGCACGGCCGUUGCGUUGAAUCUGCUAUUCGGCUUGCCGCUUGUUUACGGAGUCUUGAUUACUGGAUUGGAUGUGCUGAUAAUACUCACUGGAUUUUCUGCAAAACGUCAGCGACUCUAUGAGUUCAUCAUAAUUGUUUUGGUCACGGCCGUCGCUCUAUGUUUCAUAAUUUUGGUCAUCAAGAGUGAACCGAAUUGGGCUCAAGUCAUUUACGGGUUUGUCCCAACGAGACAGAUUAUAUCAGAUCCCAGCUUCUUAUACAUAGCUAUGGGUAUUGUGGGAGCGACUGUGAUGCCCCAUAAUUUGUAUCUGCACUCGAAUAUCGUCAUGUUUAGAGCUCCAGUCAUUUACAAUCAUUCGUCAGACAGAUAUGACGAGAGAGCAUCUGAUGACACUUCUCGUCCACUAGCAGCAAAGGCACAUCUACCCAUUGCUCUUCACUAUACAAAUGUGGACUCUGUUUUGGCUCUCACAAUCGCUCUUGUAGUGAACUCGUCAAUCUUAAUAGUAGCAGGAGCCACCUUGUUUAAACAGGGCAAAAAUGACGUUGCUGAUCUGUCCGACGCACAUGCUUUAUUGGUAGAAUUCUUGGGACCGUCCGCUGGUGUCCUUUUUGCAGUAGGAUUACUGAUGGCUGGUCAGUCAUCAACCUUUACUGGAACUCUCGCUGGUCAGAUAGUGAUGGAAGGGUUUUUGGGCUCAGCAUGGAAAGUACCACCGUGGGCUAGACGAUUGAUAACUCGAACCUUGGCAAUCAUACCUGCUGUAGUAGUAGCCAUCAUUCGUGGAGAUGGCGGCGUGAACGAUCUCCUCGUACUAUCUCAAGUCAUCCUAUCACUUCAGCUUCCCUUUGCCGUGAUACCACUCGUAAUAUUUACGAGCAAUAAGAAAAUCAUGACUGUGAAAUUCAGGCAAUCAACUGAAGAGGCUGAAACAGAGUCAUCUCUCAAUCGUGAUGACGUUGAUGAGAAUGAGGAGAGGAACGUUGCUUCAGUAGGUCCCACGAAUGACGAAGAAAAUGAUGGAGAAGCCGUUGUUGUUGCUGCAAGGAAAUCCAAUUCUCUCACGAGACGUGGAUCUAGAUCUUCUCCUCGAGACUCUGUAGAUGUCGCAGCAUCAUGGCCACCAAUAGCACCAACCUUGGUAGCUCCAGUAUCAAUGUCCCGUGGGGCGUCGCUUAACACGCAACGCUCGAUACAUAUUCACGACGUAGAGGUGACGGAGAUGUGCUAUGCCAACGGGAUCGUGAUGCAAGCAUUGGCAUAUCUGAUUGCAACCGCCUUGACUGUUUUCAACGUGGUUUUGCUUGUCCAGAUGGCUUCAGGAAACACAUAG